UCAUCCGUCGACAGGUUCGGUGUUGCGUUUCUACGAAAGUCGAUCUGUAAAGCGAUUUUUUGUCAUCCAACACGCGGACGAGCCUGCACAAUGUUGUACGCUAGAAUUACUUUCGGACUUGUGUUUGAAAGUGAAAUUGAAUCGUGCUGAAUCGUGUUUCAUACGUUACCCUGGGAAUCGUACUCGAUGACCAUAACGAGAGCUUUUGUCAUCACCAGCAUUAAUUUGCAUAUGCUACGGAAAUCUAUGGGAACGACUGUCGUUCAUUAACACUUGCUCGAAUUUUCAAAUUUCAUUUAUUUGAGUGAUUAAUAUUGAUCGUGUGCUUGAAAUAAGUGUUAUCUAUAUAAUAGUUUUAAUUGUGGUCUUCGAAUUUUCUUUUUGACAAGACUCAUAUUUUGUACUGUGAAUAUUACGAAUAGAAAUACAAUUAAUUUUAACUAAUUUUUAAGGUAACUCUAAGUAAUUUUUAAAUGAUAAAUAACUCUAAUAUUCUAUUGUCAUUUUUGUUAUAUAUUAUUAUAAUAAAUUAUUGUUUCUGUUAGCUUUGCAAUAUAAAUGUUACCCUAUUUAUUGUAAACCUAUCGGAAUUAACGAAAAACGGAUAUCUAUUUGAGCGAUGAUUUUUGUGCGAAUCGAACAAAAGCGCGAAGGCAGCUUUUCUUGUUUCAGCGUGCCGCUAACAUGAAAUUUCGCCAUCAUUUCCGCAUUCUCCGACCGUGUACCAUGGCUUCAGAUUACGCUAAAGAAAAACGCGCAUUUUUAGAGUAAUUGAUCAAAGACAUCGAGGACAUGGAUACCAUCAUGCGCAAUAAUCAUAAUCAGGCUACAACCUAAAACCUAAUAAGAUGCAAGACCCUCUGAAUUUAAAGAAGACGUAUUAAGAAUGCGGAAUGUUGAAGCAACGCGCUUGGAGGACCGUCUCAAAAACGGAAUUCGUAUCUUGAAAUGUGACAUCAUUUUUCGUGAAUUGGGAAGUUGGGUACUUCACAAAUUAUGUGGAGGAAAUCUUCGCUGAAAAGUGGAUGUUGCAUCAUAUCACGACACAUGGUAACAGAUAUCCAACCACAUUGCAGAUAAAGGUCACAAUGCACGGCAUGACAAAAAUGGCCAACAACGAGUCACCGAAACGAUCGAUUGGUUGCGCGUGGAAAGGAAGAGAUGUCUCGACCCGAGCCGCAAGUUCAGAGUCGGGGCGCGGGUUUUCGCGCCCGCUGUUCUUCCAGGAAAGUGGCGCCUUUCGCGUUACGAACGAAAGAGGUCGUUCGAGGGGGGAGAAGGUUCGCGGGCCGAAUGUGGAGUAGAAUCGCGUUACGGGGGCUGAGUAACGGAGCGGGCGCAGAGUAGAGCGUAUCGCGUGUCGUCGACGAGCGCCGUUCUUCGCGCGGAAUACUCGCAUCGCGGUGCUCGACGAAUGGUCCGCCAGUCGCGUGCUGACCAGCCGACAGUGUGCACGGAUAGGACGCUAUGACCCGCUGUGAUCGCCUGUCCCACGCUUCUGUCAGGCAUCGAUGACAGAAAAUCAUCGCCAAACGCUCGACGAACCAGUUCAAGCCGAUCCACGUCGCUCGUCCUGGCGAAAAUCGUCGAAAAUCCUGCGAGAAUAGACUCGACUCGAUCUAGGAACUUUGAUAUUUAUUCCAGUGAAGUAGUUGUUCCACGAACUCUCGAGGCUCUCGAUGAGGAAGUUUCUUCCCUUGGUAGCGCGUCAGUGAUCGAUCGAUCGAUCCAGAAUUGGUCCGGUAGUUCGCAGUUGUUGAAGUUUCCAGUGAUCGAUCGGUGCGAUAAGUCUGAGAGAGGACUGUUAACGCGUCGCGAGAGGAAGAGCGUGCGUGCACCGAUCGCGAUCAAUCGGCCGUCGUCCCCCGCUUGAUGAGUCGCGCUCGACCGUCUCGGAUCUGAGGAUCCGAUCGACGUCGAAGAGGCGAGCAUUGUUCGUUGAGAGAUCGCCCCCGAGGGACCAACCGACACGAUGCUGAACGACAACGUGUGGAAGCACAGGCGGGUGCCUGUUCCGAAGAGGACCAUCGAGCUGAUCGCGCUGAUAGCGAUCUCCAGCACCCUCUUUCUCUUCUUGCACACGAGGGAACUGCACUCGCGCCUGCGGAAGAUGGAGGUUCGCCUCCAGCCAGGGGAGGACGAGAUGCUGCCGGAAAAUCAACUCUCAUACGAGGCAGUCCAAACAGAUUCUAGUCCAAGUGGAACCGUCCACUAUCUAAACGGACAUCGCACCUUCGCAGUGAAGUACAACAAACCGGAAGUGCUGGACAUUGACGCGCUAAACAAUACGAAGAGGGCGGGCAGGGAGGUAUUGUUCUUCAAUCGUGUGCCAAAAGUGGGCUCCCAGACCUUCAUGGAGCUGCUGAGGAGGCUUUCGAUGAGGAAUGGCUUCUCCUUCAACCGAGAUCGCGUGCAAAGAGUCGAGACGAUACGUAUCGCGCCGAUCGAACAGCUCCAACUUGCCAGAAUGGUCAGCAGCUACUCAGAGCCAUCCGUGUACGUGAAGCACGUGUGCUUCACCAACUUUACAGAGUUCAACUUGCCUCAACCAAUUUACAUCAAUAUAGUGCGGGAUCCCAUCGAGAGAGUGAUAUCCUGGUAUUAUUACGUGCGAGCCCCUUGGUACUACGUCGAGAGAAAGCAAAUAUUUCCAGAUCUACCUCUGCCGGAUCCCAACUGGCUGAAGAAGGACUUCGAGACCUGUGUACUUAAGGCGGACCGCGAAUGCAGAUACCUGGAGGGUGAAAUUCACGAGGGGAUCGGCGAUCAUCGCCGACAGACGCUCUUCUUCUGCGGGCACAGCGAGAAAUGCACUCCAUUCAACACGGUGGGUGCUCUGGAACGGGCGAAACUGGCUGUGGAGAAACACUAUGCGGUUGUUGGCGUACUGGAGGACGUGAACACCACUCUCACGGUGCUGGAGAACUACAUACCGCGAUUUUUCCAAGGCGCCACCGACGUCUACUAUGACGAAGUGAAUUCAUUCAAGAGAAUCAACCGGAACUUCUUCAAGCCGCCAGUUACCGAGGAGGUGAAGGAAAUGGUGCGCAGCAACUUUACACGGGAAAUCGAGUUCUACCAAUUCUGCAAGCAACGGCUGUACAAGCAACUGAGGGCUUUGAAAUUGAACAAGAAUACCCUGGCGUUGGGAAGCAACAAUUUGUAGAUUGGACUACUCGUUCUUGUCCAAAUUGACGAAGAACGUGUAAACAGGUCGAAGAAGAAUGGUUGGAACUCUCCCCGACCGUCUGGAGAUGAAGAAGAAGAGAAACUAUUUCUUCGAGAGCUAAAGAAAGAAAAGGCAACGUUAAGAAAAGGUUAAUCGAACAGGGUUUAAUUUAGAAAGUUCAUCUGUCUCGGUAAAUUGGUUUUCUGCAUUUGCAAAGGUACUUGAAUGAUUAUUUUUCUCUGAGAGAUCCUUCGAGGCAGAUUCAAAGAAUUGUUGCACUCGAGAAAGAAAUGCUUCGAGAGCUCUGCAAACACUCGAGAACAACUAGAGAAGAAGAUCGGAAAGGAACCCUGGAGAGGGUUACUUGAGAAAGGGAUGGCAACAUGACACGAAGGUUAAUCGAACGAGGAUGAAUUUAAAAAUCUUAUCUUACUCUACUCGAGUCGAAAUUUGAUUUCUGUAAUUUUAAAAGGGUUACUAGUAAUAAAUGUCUUUUCCAAGCGAAGAUCCUUCAAUGCCAAGGACUUCUUGAUCUUCAGAAUAAAUCAAGUUGUUCAGGAUCACGAAAAAGGAUCUGAGAGGACGAGGAUCAACGUUUCAGUGAGCCAAUCUUUUGAUUAAGCAAUAUAAAUCGAGUUUCGCAAGAGUGAUUCGAACUCGAACGAACGGAACACUCGCAGUGCCGUCUUCAUUUGUGAUCGUUUUCCUAUGCAUAUAUAUACAUAUAUGUGUGUGGGUGUUAUCGUGUAAUUUAAGGAUACAGCGACGCGAUCGCUGGAAAAUUAAUUAGACCCACGAAUAACUACGAUGCGAGGCAUUAGCUGUAUUUAUUUAUAUUGUUGUAAAGCCACCGUUUCGUCGCCGUGAAUUCAAGUGUUCCUGGACACGACACAGCACUUUUGGAUUGUUUCUUGUAAUAUCAGUGAUUCUAAACUUCAAAGACUGACCAGAGGGACAGCAGACACUGCUUUUGUCGAGGGGUACUUGAUUCUAAUCGCGACGCAAGAAACACACAGGGUAACCGUAGGGUAUACUGCUUUUCAGGCAGAGAUAGGCAAAAUUCUUAUCCGAAAAUACAUCGAAUAACAAAUGAAAGAUGAAGCACAUUUACAGUCGUUGCUGGUUCCAUAUAAAUUAUAACUUGAAACUUUCAUUAUUUAAUCGAACAAACGUCGCGAAUAGAUCAUUCGAAAAUUCUGGAAUCACAAAUGAAAGGUUACAGCUUUUUCUUUGUAUGAAACGAAAACUUGCCUGAGUGACUAUUUGAUUAAAUAAAUCGUCACUUGUUAUUCGAUCAAAAUGUUGCCCAUCUCUGUUUCUCGGCCGUCUUUUUUAACAUCGAGUUAAGCCGUUUUUUAAUGUCCACUUGUUUCCAUUUUUUUCGUAAUAAACACCUGCCAUUUCGAAUGA